AUGACGCCCUACACCGUUCACCUACACCGAGUCCUCCUCAUCGGCAUCGUUGCCAUCCUCCUCCUCGUCCCCGCCGGAUUCGGCCAUCUGGUACAUCGCUCAGAUACAGACGACGAUGACUCGCUCGACUGUCGACCCGUCGCUUUCGUCCGGGCUGCGGACCUUGUCCCCAACAGCGUCGUCCCAGGCGAAGCGAGACUCGUCAUGCACGGUACAGGAUGUCGGAACGUACAGAAAUGGGAGAUCGGCCUGAAGCUGAAGGAACGAGCCAUCUUCCGAUAUUGGCAACCCGAGUUUCUCUCCGAGGCCGAACCCGGUACCUGUGACGAGGACGAUGAGAGCGCAGCUUACAUUCAUACUCCCGACAUCCUGGAUCGUAUGGGCUUUCUGCGCAGACGAGCAUGUUUGACCCCGGAGCAGACGCAGUAUUAUCGGACGCUGGCCAACCGGACCUUGUGGGAUAUCAAAGGGGCGGAACGUACCGCAUUCGACUCCCGGGUAGAGCUUGCCCUUCAGGAAGAGGGAACCUCUUUGUGGGAAGGCGAGACGUUCUAUGCUCAGAGGAAUUUCUCCGUUCAUGUGCCUAAUACCAACUUUCCUCCUCAACUCGAAAGCGCAAGAUCAUGGGGCGGUCGGGGAGACGAUCCACAAACAGAGGCUUCUUUCACGGAGACCAUGUUUGAAUAUUACUUUGUCUUGACCUACAAAGGCGGUUCCACCAUCGAGGUCCCCGCCGGACGUGCCGCCUUCAUACCAAGAGUCUUUGGCGAUACAUCACCUACCGAUGGCAUUAUAUACGACAACCCUAGCUCGCUCCGAGUCGAUCUGCCGGAUGAUGAGCGGAUCGUCGCCCAGCCGAGGUUCGUCUUGAAGGAUUUCCAGCGAGAUCUCGGCGGGUUCGAUAAGGUCCCUGCAUGUGGUGUUCAUGGUGGCUGGGACGGGUGGAUGCAGGAUGCGAACCGUUGGAGCAACUUUUCCGUGGAAAUGUCGCUCCAGACGCCGGGCGUGCGUAGCGAUCAUACACUUCCUGUCAAGAUCAAGAUACAUCAGAGCGGCAACUCGACCGCUUUCGUCGACAAGGCGUUGCUGACCCUGCGCACAUGCCAAGUCGAUACCUGGGCGCUCUCCCACGCUCGAACUCUGAACCAACGCCGGGAAGUCGAUGGUUGCCGAGGCAAUCCUUCUACGCAGGACGAUUGGGUGGCUGCAGGUGCAUCGGAGGACGUCGCAGGGAUUCGGACAGGCAAUCUCCUCCGGCAGAACAGUGACAUGAAGGUCAUCUGCAUCGGUGAACCUUUCGAUGAAACAUACAAGAGAGAAAAGGAGGAGCUCGAGGCUCGGUAUCGCCAGGUCGCUAGGAGACAUCACAAUAAUGAGAGCUCUACCGAGUAUGAUGCCCUCGAGGUCGAUCUGUACAUCCCCAAAUCGAUGGUCCCUGCUUUCAACACGUCCUUCUUCGCAUACGACCAUCUACUAGAUCUUCGACUGGUAACCAGGUUCGAAUGCGAUGCGCCUGAGCUCCCGACUCCGGAGGGUCAGCCUAGCUUGGCGUAUCUGAAGGUGGAAGAUGACUGGAGAAGGGGGUCGAUGACAGACCCCACGGUUCCGAGGCAUCAACGGAUACUCUACGCAUCGACGCCCAUCCAUCUGCAACCGAUCAGCUCGGAGCAUCCACACGUAUCGCACUACACUGAUCCCGGUGCCGAUGCGAUAUAUCUCACCUCUCCCACGUCGCCCAAAGGCGAGUCCUUGAAGGCCAAAGUGAAUACCACUUUGCGAACGCUGAGCCAGGAUCACGAACUGGUCACGAACAAGUACAACAUCUGGCAACGACUCGGUGAGGAUGGGUUCUCCCGGGGCACAGCGUUCGAGCUGGUCAGCGACAUUUGGCAGAAAAAGGGGCACAGGAGACCACUCAGCAGCUGA